AUGCAAGACUUCCCAAAUACAGCUCUCACUUUGCUGAAACUGAGCUUGACGUUAAUCCCACUUUACCUCAUCGGUCUGCUAGUCUACAAUGCCUACUUCCACCCUCUGGCCAAGUAUCCUGGACCAAAAUCCAUGGCAGCCACACGUCUACCUUAUAUCCGCAUGAUCAUCAGUGGCCGGUUCCCACAUAAGAUGAAAGCAUUGCAUCAACAAUACGGCAAAGUGGUUCGCAUUGCCCCCGAUGAACUUUCUUUUAUAGACGGCGAGGCCUGGAAAGCAAUCUACGGUACACGUGUUGGUCAUGGCCAGAAGUCCAAAGAUUAUCGAUUCUAUGGACCAACUGCUGGAGGAGUUCCCAGCAUCAUCGUCUCCAAUGACGCCGACCAUUCCCGUUUUCGACGUUUGUUGUCACACGCAUUCUCCGACAGCUCACUACGCGGUCAGGAACCUAUAAUCAAGGGCUAUGUCGAUCUUUUGAUGCAGCGCCUACAUGAGAAUAUCAAGGGUGGCACAAACACCGUUGAUAUGGUGGCCUGGUACAACUUUACAACCUUUGAUAUUAUUGGAGACUUAGCUUUCGGGGAGCCAUUUGACUGUCUCAAAAAUUCCGAUUAUCACCAAUGGGUAUCUAUUAUCUUCAGCGCGGUCAAGUAUGCUGCCUACACAAAUGUGGCUCGGCGCGUCCCUGGAUGGACAUACAUAAUGCCAUAUAUCACUCCUAAGCAUGUGAUCUCGCAUAGGAGUACACACCUAGCCUUGACUAACGAAAAGGUCCAGAGCCGGAUAACCAAGUCUAAUGACAGACCUGAUUUCUUCGGCAACAUUCUAAAGCACCAAAACACCGAGAAAGGAUUCAGCAUCCCAGAAAUGAUCACCAAUGGUAGUACAUUGAUAAUUGCCGGCUCUGAGACCACUGCAACUUUGCUCUCUGGGGUGACUUAUCUGCUAGCGAGAAACCCACGCGUGCUGGCAAAGCUUCAAGAUGAGAUCAGAUCAACAUUUACAAAGGAAGAAGAGAUCACCUUGGAAUCCUGCAAUAAAUUGGACUAUUGCCUGGCCGUCCUCACUGAGGCUCUUCGAGUGUAUCCGCCUGUUGCAGUUGGAUUACCUCGUAUUGUUGAUUCCCAAGGUGAUAUGAUUGCUGGAAACUGGGUACCAGGAGGGACCAUUGUUUCCGUCUCUAAUCUAGCUGCCAGUCACUCCUCUGCCAACUUCACCGAUGCAGAGCAGUUCGCCCCAGAGCGUCAUUUGGGCGAUUCUCGCUUUGCGAAUGACAGUAAAUCUGCAAUGCAACCGUUCAGUUUCGGCCCUAGGAACUGCAUUGGACGCAAUCUGGCAUACGUCGAAAUGCGUAUCAUUCUCGCUCGCAUGGUCUUCAACUUCGAUAUGGAAUUGGACCAGCCUGAAGAAGACUGGGCGGAUCAAGAAUGCUUUCUACUAUGGGAAAAGCCAAAGCUGAUGAUGAAACUCAAGCCGAGACGACUCUACAUCUCAUUCAUCUCGAUUUAUAGAUGGCUGCUUACCGCCUCCGCAAUAUCGGCAAAAAAAAAAGGCAUCGCAGAUCCCAAGCGCAAAGACCGACUCGAAUCCGCCAAACAACUCAAUAGCGAGUACAAAGAAACCAACAUGUCGCUCUCUAAAAGCGAGUCCGACGUAAUCCUUAACCGGGCCAACGUCGCUCUAUCCCGCAGCCAACGGCUCGUAGCCUCAUGGCUACCGCAACAAACAACAGAAGAGCUAGCAAACCCCAAGACCGACGAAGAGCUCCAACGAGAAGAAGAUGAAAUCUUCACCGCAGUGCCAGAGACUCUCGGCGUCGGAGCCCCCCUCCCCCAAAAAGCAGCAGACGGAAGUUGGAACCGCACAGAGCUGGACUCGAAUGAUAAACUGCGCAAACAACUUCUCGGCAAGAACUACGAUCGCGUUAUGAAGGCCGCCGCCGAGCAGAAGGCGGCGGCUGCUGCUUCUACGGCCGCGGCCGCGGCCGCUUCGGCUAAUGUGGUGAAAGCUGAGGUCGAGGACGAGUAUGAUGAAGAGGAUGGUCGGUCGGCUAUGCUUGCUAGACAGAAGAAUAAGAGGAAGGGUGGAGCUGGAGCGGGUCGGGGUGUGCAUCCUGCUGCCGCGGUGGCGGCGGCGGCAGCUGCAGCUGCUGAGGCUGGAGACAAAGGUGGUGAGGAGGGCGAGGGUGAGGUUGCGCCGCCUCCUGUGCGCUCAAAGGGCAGGAAGAAGGCGACAAGUUAUCUUGAUGAGCUUUUGGCUGAGCGUGCGAAGAAGAGAAAGAAGAGAUGA